AUGCAUCCAGUCGACCUUGUCAAUGGUGUUUCAAAAGUAUCAAAACGAUGGAAUGCACUCGCCAAAACACCGUCACUCUAUCGAUACGUUCGCGCAAGGAAACAUGUCAGAAAAUUAUGUGUAGUAUAUGAAAAGGAUGUGUUUUUCGAUGUAUUCCCCGACUGCAUGCCAAAUGUCACGUUCCUCGAUAUUGCAUAUUUUCCAGAUUUGAAUGGAAGCGCUGAAAAGUUGGUCGAAUGUUUCCCUUCAGUUCAGGUACUCAAGAUAUCGGAUGUUAGCAAUUUGGACGACAGUCUGAUCAAAAGAUUAUUUCCGAGUGACUCAUUCAAAAACCUCCGUCAACUGGACUGCUCAAGUAGAGAUGUGAAACCGGAAAAUUUCUUUGGUCAGCUUUGUGAAACAGAAAGGCCGUUGCAAUCGCUGCACACAACCACUACAGAAAAUUUGAGAGCAAUGCUAACGUCGCCAAUCCGAAAUACUCUUACCGAGUUGUCCAUAUCGGAGUAUCUAAAGGAUUCAUCAUAUGCUGCCAUUGGGCAGCUGACGAAUCUUAAAAAGUUGUCGAUUUUUUCUUCACUCUAUGGAACAGACGAACAACUUAUGCAAUUCAAAACACUUUCUAAGUUGGAACACCUUCAUUUGGACUGUUGUGGUGAGGAUUGUGAUUUCUCCUAUGAAGGUGUCGCAGAGUUCUUCGAACUUCCUUCAGAGAAUGCAGAAAAUUAUUUUCCCUAUCGUCUCAAACAUUUACUUUUCACUGAUUGCCAUCCAUUCCAUUUGGAAGCUGCCAACGCUCUCGUCAAGAGUUGUCCUCAGUUAAUAUCCCUCAAUCUUAGUCGAAAUUGCUAUAUGGGAGAAGAGGGGUUAUCGGUUCUGGUGAAAAACUUGCGGAAUCUUCGGUUUUUGGAUCUGUCGUGGUUGGGAGAAAUGCGAUGUGAUGCGUUACGUAAUUUAACUAAUGAUGAUAUGCCUAAACUUCAAUUUCUUGAACUACAUCGCACGAAGAUCAGUGAAAAGAUUCUUUGGGCAUUGAAUUUGAAGCGACCGAAUUUGAUUAUUUCGAAUAAGACGGAUUAUUUCAUCAAUUGGAAUGUUCAGAACGGAAAUCCACGAUUGAAUAAAGUGUUCGGUGGUGAUCUGAAUUCUGUUCUGAACGAUCUCGCAGAAGUUGAUGGUUUUUGUUGUAUGGGUGAAACUAUGUGGUCACUCGUGGAUUUCUACGGAUUUAACAAUUCAUUUAUGCAAUUGUGCAAGGAAAUGACGCAGACUAAACUCCUUCCGUUUGCACCUAAAUAUCGAUACAGCGAUAAACGCUAUCGAUUCACAGAUCGUGGGAAGCAUGGUUGUGAGCCUAUGGGUUACCCAACGUUAGACUUGGGUGAUGAUGAACGUUCAGAUGAUUCAAGGCCAGCUGCAUCUCAACUCACCAAGAAGGCACUGCCGGACGUUGUGUUACUGAAUAUAUUCAAAUACAUUCACCCAAUCGACCUUGUCAAUGGUAUUUCAAGAGUAUCGAAACGAUGGAAUGCACUCGCCAAAACACCGUCUCUCUAUCGAUUCGUUCGUGUAUUGAUCAAUAAAAAAUCAACAGAUUCAGAGAGCGCGAAAAAGUUCUUGGAGCGGGUAAAAAAUUUCAUCAGAAAAUUGUGUAUGGUUUGCGAAAUCAACGUCUUCGAUGUAUUUCCCGAAUGUAUGCCAAACGUCACAUUUCUGGAUAUAACAUCGUUCCCAGAUACGUCGAGAUGCGCUGACAAAUUGAUGAGUUGUUUCCCAUCUGUAGAAGAACUCAUUCUGAGUGACAUUAAAAAUUUUGAUGAACAUGCCCUCAGUGUUCUAUUCUCAAAAAACGCAUUUAAACGCCUGCGUCGUCUUCACUUCGCAAAUUUUGAAGACGAAGCAUACAAGGUCAUCGAGAAGCUUUGUGAAUGUGAAAGGCGGUUGCAAUUCCUAUCAAUCACAAACACUGCCAAGUAA